UACCCAACUUUUACCCACUUCCUUUCUCCCUCUUCUCGAACCAGGUUCACACUUUCACCUUUCCCUCCCUCAGCAUCCACUCGAGGAUCGCGUCCCUUGUCUUCAAAUGUCCACGUCGCCGCGUGAUGCCCAAGACGAGGGUGCCGAUAAACUUGACGAGUUGGAGGAACCUCAACCAACAGGAGACGCCGAGGCAGGCACUUCAGCACCAACCCCCGCAAAGAGAGGCCGUGGUCGGCCAAAGGGUAGCAGGAAUAAGAAAUCAUUAACGGGUGCAGCCGACGCAUCGGCGCCGACGACCCCUAGGAAGCGCGGUCGUCCUCCCAAGGAGAAGAAGGAGGAGGAUGGAGACGAGCCAGUCGCGAAACGUCCGAGGGGACGACCUCCUAAGAACCCCAAACCUCCAACAAAGGACGGGGAGGCCAGCGGUGCUGGUGGUAGUGGUGAUCCAGAGUCAAGUACAAAGAAGAAGCGUGGGCGACCACCCAAGAACGCUGCGGCCACCUAAGGAUUUUUGUCGCACUCCAUCACGAUCCUCCCUAUUUUUUUUACCAAUGCCCACUAUCUCAUCUUGAUACGCGCCGCUUGCUGGGCAAUCGCAGGUAGCUCAUGACCGACACGACCAACCGACUCUUUCUCGCUACACCUCUUUCUUUCUGCCGAGUUUUUUACAAUAUGGACUUUUUUUGGUUAGCAGUGUUGUUUCUCUCACGUCACUUGUUCGCUUAUAUUUAUUAUGUUGUACGUAUGAGCAUAUUGUUUCAGUUAGAACAGGGUACUUGCGUUGGGC